UCAAGACCAAUGUGUUAGAAAGUGGUCGCCAUUCAAUCUUUCAACCCUGCACAAGCUUUAUGCAAAUCAAAGAGAUGCAGCAAAGCUGUAACAUGUCUGGCAAGGCAACUGAGAAGACACUUGGACAGGCAGUGUUUAACAGAACUGAGCAUGACAACAGACCUGCUCCAUCUGUGGAAGAUACAGCUUUCCUAAAAAUAAUGGACUCGAAUGUCUUCAGAAAUGAGGCAAACAGCUGGGUAGCUCCUCUACCAUUUAGAGAACCACGCAAGCCCCUGCCAAACAACAAAGGGCAAGUAGUUAAUCGAUUCACAUCCCUGCAACGUACCCUGAAGAGGAAACCUGAGAUGCAGCAGCAGUAUGUGGCAUUUAUGAAAAAGAUCUUCGAUAAUGGUCAUGCUGAGGUAGCACCGCCACUGAAAGAAGAGGAUGAAUGCUGGUAUCUUCCAACAUUCGGGGUCUACCAUCCACAAAAACCCAACCAGAUCAGGGUGGUCUUUGAUUCCAGUGCUCGAUACUCUGGUGUCUCUCUCAACGACGUGCUCCUCACAGGCCCCGACCUCAAUAACUCCCUUGUGGGCGUCCUCCUACGCUUUCGGAAAGAGAAAGUUGCAAUACUAGCAGACAUUCAACAGAUGUUCCACUGUUUCUUGGUGCGUGAAGACCAUCGCAACUUCCUGCGUUUUCUAUGGCACAAGGACAAUGAUAUUAAGAAGGAAAUUGUUGAGUAUCGGAUGAAGGUCCACGUCUUUGGAAAUGGGCCGUCUCCUGCAGUGGCCAUCUAUGGGCUGCGAAGAGCCAUCAGAGAAGGUGCACAGAAGCAUGGUGCUGAUACUGUCAAGUUUGUGGAAAGACAUUUCUAUGUUGAUGAUGGUUUGAUAUCUGUACCAUCUGAAGCUGAGGCAAUUGAUUUGCUACAACGAACACAGGCUUCACUUGCUGAGUCAAAUCUCCGCCUACACAAGUUUGCUUCAAACUCUCAGACAGUCAUGGAAGCUUUUCCACCUGAUGAUUGUGCUCCAGUAAUCAAGGACUUAGACCUGAGUGGAGAGACUUCACCCACACAACGGAGUUUAGGUCUGUUGUGGGAGAUCACUACUGACACAUUCACCUACUCCACAUCGACCAUUAACAAACCAUUCACCCGCCGUGGAGUCCUUUCCACUGUCAACAGUGUUUUCGAUCCUCUGGGUCUACUGGCACCUGUCACGAUCCAGGGAAGAGCCCUUCUCAGAGAACUUACCUCUGAACUGUCUGACUGGGACACGCCCCUCCCAGAGGACAAACUUAGCAAAUGGGAAGCCUGGAGAGAUUCUCUGCAAGACUUAAAACAGCUUCAUGUUCGACGUACAUACACAACCACUUCACUCACUGAAGCUGUGCACACAGAAUUGUGUGUAUUCUCUGAUGCAUCAACAAAGGCCAUAGGUACUGUGGCUUAUCUGAAAGCACUUCAGAAAGAUGGGAAAGUUGAAGUAGGAUUUGUUAUGGGCAAGGCAAAGCUGGCACCCCUGUCCAAACCUACAAUCCCAAGGCUUGAGCUGUGCGCUGCUGUCUUAGCAGUAGAGAUGGCAGAUCUCAUCCAGGAUGAGCUAGAUCUAGGGUUGAAUGAUGUAAAGUUCUUUACAGACAGCAAGGUGGUCCUUGGCUACAUUUAUAAUGAGUCGAAACGAUUCUAUGUUUAUGUUCACAAUAGAGUCCAACGUAUCCGCCAGUCCUCAAGACCUGAGCAGUGGCACUAUGUACGUACGGAAGAAAACCCUGCAGAUCAUGCAUCGAGAUCCUUACCUGCAUCCUGUCUUGUGCAGACUUCUUGGUUCACCGGUCCCUCCUUCCUGCAUCAGCCACCUGUAGAGAAAACACAAACAAAUGAGACAUUUGAGCUAAUUGAACCUGAAAAGGACUCAGAAAUCCAGCCACAAGUACAAACAUGUGCUACUAACCUGGAAAAACCAGAGCUUACCUCUGACCGAUUUCAAAGGUUCUCCACCUUUGCUUCCCUAGUAAGAGGAGUAGCAUUUCUAGUUCACAUGGCAAAAUCCUGCAAACACACGAACCAAAACAGUAAAUGCAAAGGUUGGCACCGAUGCGACUUACCUCGUACUCCAGAUGAAAUGGACCAAGCAAGGAACGUUAUCCUUAAAGCAACACAAAAAGCUGCUUUUGCGAAAGAACUGUCAGCUCUCCAAUCUAACCAAGCUGUAUCCAAAAGUAGCCGCUUGUGGAAACUCAGUCCAGUCAUAGAGAAUGAUUUCAUCUGUGUUGGAGGACGACUAAAGCACUCUCAGGUUGCAGCUGCAGAAAAGAACCCAAUAAUUCUGCCCAAAGAUAGCCACAUCUCCCUACUGCUCACUCGGCAUCACCAUGAGCAAGUGAAACAUCAAGGCCGUCACUUGACCGAAGGAGCAAUUAGGGCAGCAGGGCUGUGGAUCUUGGGAGGCAAGGGACUGGUCAAUUCAGUACUCCACAAAUGCAUAAUUUGUCGCAAGCUGCGCGGAAAGCUGGAAGAACAGCGCAUGGCGGACCUGCCAUCUGAACGCCUCAAAACCUGCCCUCCUUUUACAUAUGUGGGGCUAGAUGUAUUUGGACCCUGGUCUGUCACAACCAGACGCACCAGAGGAGGACAGGCAGAAAGCAAGCGGUGGGCCAUCAUGUUCUGCUGUAUGAGUUCGAGAGCUGUACAUGUCGAGGUCAUAGAGUCUAUGGACACCUCAAGCUGCAUAAAUGCUCUCAGACGAUUCUUUGCACUCAGAGGACCUGCAAAACAGCUCCGUUCCGAUUGUGGUACAAAUUUCAUUGGAGCAUGCAAGGAGCUUGGAAUGGACAAAAUGGUGCAGCGGUACCUCAGUGAACAAGGAUGCAGCUGGGAAUUCAACCCACCACAUAGUUCUCACAUGGGAGGCUCGUGGGAGCGUAUGAUUGGCAUUGCCAAAAGAAUCUUAGAUUCAAUGUUUCUGCAGCUGAACACUCGCUUAACCCAUGAUGUUCUUUGCACACUGAUGGCAGAAGUUACUGCUAUAAUUAAUGCACGACCACUCUUACCCGUCUCUGCAGACCCGGAACAGCCUUUCAUACUUUCACCAUCAAUGCUUCUUACCCAGAAGACAGGAGUUCCACCUCCUCCUGGAGACUUCUCAGACAGGGACCUGUACACAAAGCAAUGGAGACAAGUUCAGGCUCUUGCAAACCAGUUCUGGACCCGUUGGAGCCGUGAAUACUUACCUUGCUUGCAGCAAAGACAGAAGUGGACAGUACCUCGCAAAAACCUUCAAGUUGGAGAUGUAGUUCUGCUCAGGGACAAGCAGAUAGCCCGUAACUGCUGGCCUAUGGCUAGAAUCACUGCCAUAUUCCCUGGACUGGAUGGUCAUGUAAGAAAAGUUGAGGUAACUACAAGUGAUCAAGGCAAUUUAAAAACAUUUCUAAGGCCAAUUGCAGAAGUUGUUCUACUUCUACCCAAAGACUGAUCUAGAGGUUAAGGUUCAACACUCUAACAAGUUCAUAGUGACCUCACUUAGGUCAGGCGGGGAGUGUGUUGCCCUUUAAGAAAUUUAACUUUUAAACAUCUGGUUUAUUUUUGUUGAUACAUAUUCUCAGAUAAAAUUAGAAGUUCAUAAUUACUUUUUGGUUUAUCUACCUCAUUUGUAAAAAUUUAUAUUAUUUGUUACAUGAUGAUGUCAUUUCCUGUUUGGUCACUUCCUGUCAGUUGUUCCUGGUCCUACUUGAAAACAUGAGACAGUCAUCGUGUGCUCUCACUUUCAAUCUAUUGCAUCCACUUUAAUACUUCAUAGAGGCAAUGCCUUUUCACCGCAACAUGUUUAUGAAAAGAGAGUGACAGUAAAUGAUCAACCUUACUACGACUCUGUCUUCAUUGGCUGUGGUUUAACUUGGUGUUUAGUCAGAGUUUCAACACACUGCACGAGAACACUAUACCCUAU